UUUAGGGAAUAACAAAACCAUCUCAUUUGUACUUUUUGUUGCUUGGAAGGCUUUUUUUUAUUAUUUUUUAUUAUUAUUUUUUUUUUCAAUCUAAACACAAACCAAAUCCCAGAAUAGAGUUUCCUAAAGAUGGUUGCUGUAUUCAACAAGGAGCUCUUGAGUUGGUACUUGAUCACCCUCAAACUCAGAGAAACUGUAGAGUCUGGAGUUGCAGCCACGCCUAGCUCUGUCAAAUCCAUUGAAUUCCCUGAUCAGCCUCAACAUGUCCAAAAACAGCAACAAGAACCAUCUGAAUCCCUCCAAAUUGUGGUAAGAAACGACAACGAAAACGACGAAGAGGGCCUAAAGUCGCCGGAAUCCGAGUGGGUGAUCUCAAUCAAAGAAAAGCUAGAACAAGCUUGGCAAGAUGAUGUAGCAGGAUCAUGGACAAACCUCUGCAUUUAUAGAAUUCCUCACUACUUGAGAGAAGGAGAUGACAAGGCCUAUUGCCCACAGAUUGUCUCCUUGGGGCCUUAUCACCAUGGCAAGAGGCGCCUUCGCCAAAUGGAUCGCCACAAGUGGCGUUCUCUCCAGCACAUACUCAAGCGCAACAAUCAGGACAUCAAGCUCUACCUCGACGCAAUCAAAGAGCUCGAAGAAAGAGCCCGCGGUUGCUAUGAAGGGUCAAUCACCCUAAGCAGCAAUGAGUUUGUGGAGAUGAUGGUGCUCGACGGCUGCUUCAUUCUAGAGCUAUUUCAGGGCGCUGCAGGCGGGUUCAAGCACCUUGGGUACUCCCGAAACGACCCCAUCUUCGCGAUGAGAGGGUCAAUGCAUUCCAUCCAAAGGGACAUGAUCAUGCUUGAGAAUCAGCUGCCACUUUUCAUACUCGAUCGCUUAUUGGGGCUGCAGCUAGGAGAGCCUAAUCAGACUGGACUAGUAGCCAAACUAGCACUCCAAUUCUUUGACCCUUUAAUGCCAACAGAUGAGCCAUUGACAAAGAGUGGCAGGAACAGGCUGGAAUCAUCAAUUGGGUACAGAAAAACAUUUGAUCCGCUAUCCGAACAAGAUGGUCUCCAUUGCCUUGAGGUCUUCAGAAGAAGUCUCCUUCGAAGAGGGCCACAACCUGAGCCAAGAGUCUGGAUCAAGCGCUGGUCUCACGGCAACCGUGUCGUGGAUAAACGGAGGCAACAACUCAUACAUUGCGUCACGGAGCUAAGAGAAGCCGGGGUCAAGUUCAAGAAGAGAAAGACUGAUCGGUUCUGGGAUAUAAAGUUCAGCAAUGGGAUACUCGAAAUCCCGCGCCUCUUGAUCCACGACGGCACGAAAUCCCUCUUCCUCAACCUCAUUGCCCUUGAGCAAUGCCAUCUUGAUUGCAGCAAUGACAUUACUUCCUAUGUCGUCUUCAUGGACAACUUGAUCAACUCUUCUGAGGACGUGGGGUACCUCCAUUACUGCGGAAUAAUCGAGCAUUGGCUCGGCAGUGACGCUGAGGUUGCUGAUCUCUUUAACCGGCUAUGCCAGGAGGUCGUCUACGACAUCAAUGACAGCUAUCUUUCGCGGUUGUCGGCCGAAGUUAACCGCUACUACAACCACAAGUGGAAUGCCUGGCGUGCCAGCUUGAGACACAACUAUUUCAGCAAUCCUUGGGCCAUCAUUUCAUUUUUUGCAGCGGUUAUCUUAUUGUUGCUAACUUUUGCUCAGUCCUUCUAUGGAAUUUAUAGUUAUUACUACCCAUCACAUUAAGAUGCUUUUUUUUCACUUUUGGUUGGACAGAUGAACAGUUUUUGACACCAAAUUAAAGCUUACGGAUUGCUUGGUUUUUGU